CCGCCGCCGCCGCCGCGGGCGUGGGGGAGGGGAGAGGCGGGCGGGGGUGGCUGCAUCCUGAACGGCGCCUCCCGGAACCCGGCCGGUUAGUGGCGGCUUCGAGGCCAUAGUGAGACAUGAGCCGCAGUAGCCAUAUAAAGAUGGCGGCGCCUUGAGGUAAGCUACAGGCAACACCACUUCCGCGUUUCUCUUGCGCCCUGGUCCAAGAUGGCGGAUGAGGCCACGCGACGUGUUGUGUCUGAGAUCCCGGUGCUGAAGACUAACGCCGGACCCCGAGAUCGGGAGUUGUGGGUGCAGCGACUGAAGGAGGAAUAUCAGUCCCUUAUCCGGUAUGUAGAGAACAACAAGAAUGCUGACAACGAUUGGUUUCGACUGGAGUCCAACAAGGAAGGGACUCGGUGGUUUGGAAAAUGCUGGUAUAUCCAUGACCUCCUGAAAUAUGAGUUUGACAUCGAGUUUGACAUUCCUAUCACAUAUCCUACUACUGCCCCAGAAAUUGCAGUUCCUGAGCUGGAUGGAAAGACAGCAAAGAUGUACAGGGGUGGCAAAAUAUGCCUGACGGAUCAUUUCAAACCUUUGUGGGCCAGGAAUGUGCCCAAAUUUGGACUAGCUCAUCUCAUGGCUCUGGGGCUGGGUCCAUGGCUGGCAGUAGAAAUCCCUGAUCUGAUUCAGAAGGGCGUCAUCCAACACAAAGAGAAAUGUAACCAAUGAAGAAUCAAGCCACUGAGGCAGGGCAGAGGGCCCUUUGAUAGGCUACGAUACUGUUUUCCUGUGCAUCACACUUACCUAACUGCUUCCCCGGACACCCUCCACCUCUAGUUGUUACUAAGUAGCUGCAGCAGUCAUUGCUGGGGGAGAAACAAACAAACACCAACCAGUAUUGCUACUUAGUUUCUAAGGCUGCACAGGGAAGGGAAAGACUGGGCUUUGGACAAUCUAGAGGUAAUUUAUAUCCGCCCCUAGGUGGAGCAACAUGCGAUCCUGGAGGCAUGGGGGUAACUGAAAGUGAGUACAUAAAGUCUUUCUGGUUUCUGGAGAUAACCCAUCAAUAAAAGCCGCUUCCUCUGGUA